AUGAAGCGUGAUGUCUGGGUACCCACAAUCAUCGAGCCCACAUCUGCCUCCACAUGGAGUGCCGGAGGGACAUACUCUGUCACCUGGGAUACCUCCUCAAAACCUUCGGAGGUAACCAACCCUAUUGGCAAGGUAUACCUUCGCCAGGGCGAUGCAACCCAAUCCGAUCCCAUCGCGUCUGGAUUUGAGCUUUCUGACGGUGAAGUUAAAGUCACGAUCCCUGAUGACACCGCUGCCGGGGAGUACAUGGUCGUAUUAUUCGGCGACUCUGGGAACUGGAGUGAGGAGUUCGCGAUUAACGCAGCAUAA